AUGGCGCUGCUGUUCAGCAUGAUGGGAUGUGGGCAUUUAAUCACAGUGACGGUUCCCGAGAAAUUUGUGAACGUGACAAAUGGUGAAAGUGCUCUUCUCCAGUGCACGUUUGUUACCACCGUUCAGAACACAAGCGACAUCAUCAUCCAGUGGAGUUUUGAUGCCCAAACCUCCAUUGUGCCACAGCAGGUGUAUUACUCUCAGUCAGGAGAGGAUGUUAUUUCUAAACCGUAUGAAGGCAGGUUGAAGGCUCCCACCUAUCCAACUACUAGCAAUGCCUCAAUAACAAUAAGCAACAUGCAAGUGUCAGAUGCAGGGGCCUACACCUGCGAAGUCCACAACUUCCCUGAUGUCAAUGGGAAGACUGAGGCCACUAUCAUUGUCAACGUUCUUGAGAGGCCAUCUGUGCCCUUCUGUGCUGUCCAUGGUGAUGUGGAGUCUGGUCACCUGGUUACCCUCACCUGCCACAGUGAGCGGGGAAGCCCCACCCCCACCUAUACCUGGAUCAGAGUGGAUCAGGACAAGACCAAGACACCUGUAAUGGGGAACACUGAUCCGAAAAUAGGAUCCUUGUAUUUCAGAAACAUAUCCCAGUUUGAGUUUGGAGAGUAUUGUUGCAGUGCCUCUAACGCUGUAGGAUCUGCUACUUGCACUGUGGAGCUCAACCAUGAGUUAAGAGACGGGGCCAUUGCUGGUGCAGUCAUUGGAGCACUUCUUGGAGCUGUCCUUAUUAUCCUUAUUAUCUGGUACAUGACACACUCCAUGAAGAAGCAGAAAUACAAGGCUUCAAAGGCAACAGAGAUGCAAGCCAUCCCUAAGAGUUCGGCCACAGUGGCAUAUGAAGGCGUCCCUACCAGGGGGAGUGGCCAUCAAGCCUAUGUGACCUCCGGAGGGGUUCCCAUGGCAACAAACAGCCACGUCCAUUCUGACGCUGACGGAGAGAAGGCCGAAGCUUAG